AUGAAUGAUGCCAAUACGACAAUAAGUAAUGCAAAUGAGAUCAUGGAGAAAGAGAUAGAAGAUCUGAAAGCAGACAUAGAGAACAAGUCUAAGCAGAUAGAGAUGUUAUAUACUGUGAUCGAAGGCAGACUUGGUAUCAGUGUUCAUGCAAUUUAUGAUGAUAUUGAAAUCCGAAGAGCUGAGGCUCGGAGGAUGGAACGACAAAGACUUGAUGAACAAGUAGCUGCUGAAGCUCCAAAAGAUAAAGGAAAGGGAUUGCAGUCGAUAAUGAAGAAGUUCUUGGAUCAUCGAGUCAACAAGAGCAACAACCAGAUGUUGAACAAAGAAGAUAAUGCAAGGAGAAUUGAGGUUGAAAGACGUCAACUGAAAGCGAAGGAAGCAAAGAAAGAUAAGAUUAAUGAGAUAGUUUACGAAAAGAAUGAUGACGAAAAUGAAGAGGAUGAUGAUAUGAAAGACAUUGAUGAUUUUCAUGAAAGUGAUGAUGAUAAAGGUAAUGAUGAUGAUCAGGGUGGUAACGAUGGUGCAAUAGUUGUCAGAUCUACCACUGAUCAGCAGAAUCUAGAUUUUCUAGAUGAUGCUCAGAAUGAAGAAGUUGAGGAUGUUCAUCCUCAGAGGGAGCCGUCAGGUACCAAACAUUCAUAUGCUCGUAAAGUUCUAUACUUGCAACAUGAUGUGGAAGAAGGUGAACUAGUUGAGAACUGGACGAGGGUGUCAAUGAAAGAAGCUCUCGAAUUGAAUGAAGAAGACAAGUUCAGGUUCAACUUCGAGAAAGAUAUUGAAGACAAUGGUCCUGAUGGUGAAUAUGUGUUUGAAAGGGUUGAUGAAGCUGACAAUUUCAACGACAUGGUAAUUGAAGAUGGUUCUGAUUCUGAUAAUGAUGUUCCAAUGCAUUAUGCUGGUCAAGAUGCAGAUUUUCCCACGUUCACUGAGUUGUUCAGAUCGCACAAUGAAGAGGAUCUUAAUAGGAAAGUUGUUGAAAAGCUGAAUGAAGAAGGUAUUCCCAAAAAGUUGUCAAAGGAAGAACUCCAGGAGGAGAAAAAGAAAUGGUUCAGACCAAUGCCUGAAGAACGAAAAUUCAAAAGACCAUUGAAGUUCUUCAAAAGCUAUCUAGAUGAAUCUCUUAGAGAUAUCUUAUCGUGGGGAUACUUAGAUGAUCUAAAGGAAUACACGAUUAAGCAUGAAUUCGAAGUGCAAUACUUCGAAUAUGUCAAAGACUUGAAGAUGUUGCCUUGGUGGGACGUUGAAGAGCUGGUUAAAAUGAAGAAUAUUCAGCAACUUGAAUGGAGUCCAGAGGUUAGGUACUAUGAAUCAAAGCUAUGGUACUACAUUCGAGGGCAAGCACGUGAUAAAUUCCCUGAAUGGAAACCACGGUAUCCAAAGCAAACUAUAAAGAUUGAUCCUGUCACUGGAGAGAAAGAUAUCACCCUGCAUGUGAAGCGACCAGGAUGUUUAAAGAGUAUGCCACUGAAGGAAAUGGAGCAGGAUUUCUACAAAGACUUCAAGGGUUAG